GCCGGUGCUAAAGCUAGACCGACACGUUUAAGGCAGAAUCCGAUACUACCUCUAAUGCUGCCACGUGGCGCCAUCUCCGUCCCUUUUAAACAACAACGCCUCUUCAACAUCAUCCCUCCAAGAUCUCGCCUUUGUUCUUUCCGAAUACCGUUUCCUCGCUUCUUUCUCUCUCUGUUUUGCUCUGUUUCUCUGUUUUGUUCUGUUUCUGCUCUGUUUUUGGGCAAACUAAAUAAGAAUAAAAAACAGAGAAAUGAGUCGUCUGUGGACUGUGCUCACUCAUGUUCACUCACUCGCUGGGCCGGUGCUGAUGCUGCUCUACCCUUUGUAUGCGUCGGUUGUGGCCAUAGAGAGCCCAUCAAAAGUGGAUGAUGAGCAGUGGCUUGCUUACUGGAUCUUAUAUUCAUUUCUAACCCUCAUGGAGAUGGUGCUUCAACCCAUUUUACAGUGGGUACCAAUUUGGUAUGAUGUGAAGCUAGUGUUGGCGGCAUGGCUGGUUCUGCCGUGGUUCAGAGGGGCAGCCUUCAUCUAUGAGCGGUUUGUGAGAGAGCAAAUCAAGAAAUAUGGAGAGAGAGAUCAGAAUCCCAGUGGGAAGAGCAGGUCCAAGUUCGUAGAUUUCCUUGUUCCCAAGAAAGUGAGCUGAUUGAUUAAUUAAUGAAUCAGCUGUUCUCUGUUUCUGCAACUCAUUUGACUUUGGCUAAUUUCAAUGUACACUCUGCAGUGGAGGUGGUUCAAUUUUAAUGUGAAAUUUUGAAUGUAAAAUGUACAUGGAACAGGGCAGUGUCCAAGAGGCUUAUUGAGCAAGAAAAGAACAUACUAAUAAGAAAAAAAUUAACAUCCCAUCUUUUGAUGUUGGCCUCUGCCCAUUUGAUUUUGCUUUUUUGUGACUGUAAGAAUUCACUUUAGCAGUUUGAAUGUGUGAAAAUUUCUUGAGAUCAAA